UUCUUAAGUAUUACAAACACUUUUGGCAAGAGUUUGGAGAGUGUGUGAGAGAGCUAGAGCUAAAGAGAUCACUUUCUCAAUCUUCUUAUAUUAUUAUUAUUAGCUCUAUUGUUUGAGAGUGAACUAGUUAGACUUCAUCAACAAACAAGAUAUAUAACAUGGCUGCCCCUCACCACUACCUCAUUUUUGCCUUCGGUCUCUUAGGUAACAUCGUGUCUUUCAUGAUGUUCCUUGCUCCAAUCCCAACAUUUCAUAAGAUUUACAAGAAAAAAUCAGCAGAGGGGUUUCAAUCAGUGCCAUACGUGAUUGCACUACUGAGCUCAAUGCUGUGGAUAUACUAUGCCUUGCUUAAGAAAGAUGCCAUGCUUCUCAUCACUAUCAACUCAUUUGGUUGUGUCAUUGAGACUCUCUACAUUGCCUUGUUCAUCUUUUAUGCUUCCAAGAAAUCUAGGAUUGAGACGGUGAAGCUUCUUCUGUUGUUGAAUGUUUUCGGAUACGGCUUGAUGCUCGUGUUGACCACCUUCCUUGCUAAAGGAGAAAAACGUCUCCAAGCUGUUGGAUGGAUCUGCCUUGCUUUCAACCUUGGUGUAUUUGCUGCACCUCUUUGUAUCAUGAAGCAAGUUAUCAAAACUAAGAGCGUAGAGUUCAUGCCAUUCCAGUUAUCAUUUUUCUUGACAUUAGGGGCAGUCAUGUGGUUCUUCUAUGGUCUUCUACUCAAGGACUAUAAUAUAGCUUUUCCAAAUGUGUUGGGGUUCUUUUUCGGCAUUGCUCAGAUGGCACUUUACAUUGUGUUCAAGAACGCCAAAAAGAGUGUACUUGAGGAGCCAAAUAAUAAGCUUCAAGAACUAUCCGAACAUGUUAUUGAUGUUGUCAAAAUCAGCACACUCGUUUGCCCAACUGAUUUGAAUCAAGUAGUUCUACACCAAUUAACCAAUAAUGCUAUCAUUAAUGAUCAUGAUCAAGCCCAAUUAGCCUCUUAUUCUGAAAAUGACAAAAUUGAGAGUGAAAAUGUCAAGGAAAAGGUCCAAGAAAGUACUGCUACUGCUACUACUGGUACUGGUGCUGUUAAUAAGGAAGUUGUUGUGGUGGUUGGCUUAGUAGCAAGUUAGCUAAGUUUGACCCAUUGAUAAUAUAUAUAUAUAUGGAAGGGAACUAUAUAUAUCUAAGUUUAUUAAUUUUAAUUUAAUGUAAUAUUUGCUUGUAUUUAAUUUGCUAACGUGGUGUCCAGUCCCCAAGCUCUGUGCUUAAUUAAUUAGCUAGCUAGAUUAUUCCCUUCUUAUAUAUAUAUUAUUAGUUACUUAAUUUCCAAAAUUUGUAAUAGGUCUUGGUUUGCAUGUAACUUUCAAAGGCUCAUGCCACUUGUACCUCUUCUUAAUUUUAUGUAAUUACAUGCUACGUACGGUUCCUUUA